AUGAUUUUGCUAAUAUUUAACAUAUUUUUGUGGACCUGCGAAGUGCUGACAUUGUUAGUGAAAAUUUUGGGCAUAUUUCUGGAACAACUGGCCAAAUAUGUGGUACCGCAACCGCGCAAAUCAAUUGACGGCCAAAUUGUAGUGAUUACCGGCGCCGGUAGCGGUAUCGGUAGGCAAUUGUCGAUCCGAUUUGCUAUACAAUUGAACGCUGUGGUAGUCCUCUGGGAUAUCAAUCGGGAAUCAGUUGAACGGCUCAAUAACGAGAUCCGACUACUGGGCGGCAUCAGUCACCCGAUGAUCGUCGAUGUUAGCGACGAAAAACAAGUGGAAUCGGCCGCCGGUCAGGUUCGCCAACAGAUCGGUGCCAUACAUAUGCUGAUCAACAAUGCCGGUGUCGUUCCCUGUUUACCGUUCAAUCAGCUAACCUGUCCACAGAUACGCCGGACAUUUGACGUCAAUGUUUUGUCACACUUUUGGACUAUCAAACAAUUUUUGCCGAUAAUGGAAGAGUACGGUCGCGGACACAUAGUGGCCAUUGCAUCGUCGGCCGGCAUAAUGGGUAGUCCAUAUUUUACGGCUUAUGGUUCGACAAAGUUCGGUAUUGUCGGCCUAAUGUCUUCGCUACGCAAAGAACUGCACGAACUGGACAAACAUACACAGAUCAAGUUGACCACUAUUUGUCCGCUGGGUAUUAGCGGCACCGGUAUCAAUAUACCCACUCGGACGAGAUUUCCGAAAAUCUUGCCAAUCAUGACACUGGACUAUGCCGUCGAUCUGAUGCUGGACGCCAUACUCAAAGAGGACAAUCUGGUUGUCCUACCGUUUACAUUCAAACUGAUAUUUUUUGUCUAUCGUAUAUGUCCGCUAAAAGUGUCCCAAUUGUUGUUUGAAUUUCUCGACUAUGCCGUAGAGCCGCCCGGUUUUAACGCACCCAUAGGUCGCAGUCACUAUCAUAACAAUGGCAACGAUCGUGAUUAUCGUAAUCAUCAUUGAUUUACGGUAGUAGUAAUGAUAGGCAUACCAUUAAUCCCAUUUUAAUCCCUUUCCCCCCAAUCACUAUAGUUUAGGUUAUCAUUGAAUUUUAUUUUAUCAUUAUUAUCAUAUUUUAUUGUAUAAUUGAUCUAAAAAAUAUUGUUAACUCAUGGGGAGGGGAUGGGGGUGGAAAGCAUAUCAUGUUAUAUACUGUACAUUACAAAUCUCUCUACAAUUACCACCCAUUCCCCCUCUCCAA